AUGGCGUCCAAGUUUUUGAGGGAGUACAAGUUGGUCGUCGUCGGCGGAGGUGGUGUCGGUAAAUCUUGCUUGACCAUUCAAUUGAUUCAAAGCCAUUUCGUCGACGAAUAUGACCCGACGAUCGAGGAUUCCUACCGCAAGCAGUGCGUCAUCGACGAAGAGGUUGCCCUGCUCGAUGUCCUCGACACGGCCGGCCAGGAGGAGUACUCGGCCAUGCGAGAGCAGUACAUGAGAACGGGAGAGGGCUUCCUGCUGGUCUACUCCAUCACUUCGCGCCAGAGCUUCGAGGAGAUCACCACAUUUCAGCAACAGAUCCUUAGAGUAAAGGACAAGGACUACUUCCCCAUGGUCGUUGUCGGCAACAAAUGCGAUCUGGAAGGCGAGAGAGAAGUCACACGACAAGAGGGAGAGGCUCUUGCCAAGUCAUUUGGCUGCAAGUUCAUCGAGACCUCGGCCAAGUCUCGCAUCAACGUCGACAAGGCUUUCUAUGAUAUUGUCCGGGAGAUUCGUCGAUACAACCGCGAGAUGCAGGGCUACUCUACCGGCAGUGGUGGCGCCUCUGGCAUCAACGGCCCCCCGAAGCCCAUGGACAUCGAGAACGGCGAGCAAGAGGCAGGCUGCUGCUCCAAGUGCGUAAUAAUGUGA